AUGCCGAAUUUCUAUAUUAUGAAGUUUCGACAUGACGAAUUUCGACAUUAUAAAAUCAAACACUUCCCGGCCCCGUUUUCGAACACGCUGUUCGACGCUGAAUCGCCCUGCUCACCGGAAGCGCCGGCAGAAGAAUUUCUGUUUCCAGCCGCGCCCCGCGCCGCCGACGUCGAGGACCCGAUUCUGACGCUGGGCGAAAAGUUACGAGCCGAUUACCCGGAAGUGACGUUCAACGAACCGAAAUCCACAUAUCUGACUCGCUUUCCGCCCAAAUUGCGCCGCGAGUUCCUGUUCCGCGUCGGAUAUUUCCAGCCGAGGUUUCCGCUAUAUUACGACGGCGAGAAACGGAAGGAGUGGUACGAGAUGAGAUUUCGAUAUGCCUUAACAGCGCCGCAAGAAGCAGAACUGGACGCUAGGCUGGUGGAAGCCGACCACCAAAGGAAAAUCAAGGCCGAGCUGAAGAGGCAGCGAAAGUUGGCCCGAGGUCGGCGACGCUACUGGCGCAGGAAAAGUGACCCGGUGGAACACGAAGCCUAUUUGAAGCGGAAAAGGGCGAGGCGACGCGAGCAAGCGAAGAAAAAGGCUCAAAAACCGGCCGGACUGGGGGAAGAAGGAGAACCUGAGGAGAAAGAGGUGGAAAUGAGCGAUUUGGAGAUCGAAACGAAGGAAACCAAACCGCCUACGCUUGAUGACAUCCUCGGGAAUGUUGAUUCUGCUCCAUGCCCAUCUACCUCCGCUGUUCCGCAAGCCACUGUUAUAAAGCGGCGUGUCCCAGUUCGAGGACUCCAGCGCCGCUCGGUUCCCUACCAGCCAGACUACGACUACGCGAAAAAUCACAUUCCCGCCGACGAUCCGGACCCGGUUGCACGUUGCGCCGAGCUGCUUCGCGCCAAAUUUCCCGACAUCCCGUUUGGCAUUCCGACGCUGCGCGAUGAGCUGAAAGAAAACCGCGCCUCUGUUCUCCGAAUGAUGAAGGGCCCCCGGUUCUUCCGGCCCUAUUUCACGCCUGGCACGCCGUCUGAGGUGAAGAAAACGUGGUACUACCAUAGAACAAAAAUGAGCCACACGCGCGAGGAAUGGCAAGAGGUCAUGCGCAAGAAGAACGAAAACAUGACGGACGAGCAGAAAAAGCACAAAGACAUGAAGAAGCGCGAGUAUUGGAGGCGGAAAAGAGACUCAAUGGAAGCGAACAAGCCAGCGGCAGAUGAGGAAAAGCCGAAGCCGAAAAAGUCACGGUUUCCGAUCACCGAUCCGGAGGAGCGCGAGCGGAUCAACGCGAAGGCUCGUGCAAAGUAUCAUAGGAGACGAGAACGCCUUCUGCAAAGCCAAGGGCUCGUCCACUAUCCGCCAGACUAUACGGAGGGGCCGAGGAGAACAACAAGAAAAAGCAAGCCGAAGCGCCAAUCCGACGAUGAAGAGGAAGCCCCGAUCCCGCAGCUUGAUAAUAUUCUUUUUGAGGCCGAGGAGCAGAUCAAGCUACAAGCCAAAGAAAAAGCUCUGCAGUGCGCCGCCAGGGAGAAACAACUGCUCGAGGAGAAGCGCCAGGCUCGGGCGGCUAAAAGUGCUCAAAAAGAUCCGGCUCCGGCAGAUCAAGUCUUGAUUGAUGAGCAGCGCUUCUUUGCGACGAUCAGAGCUACCGCUCAAAUCCAGGAGCAGCACAUGGUGCACACCGAGGAGGACAAAUUUUACAAGGCUAUAAUCGCAGCAACUGGGGAAGCGGGCGAGAAUACGGCAGAUGACACGGCGACUCAUUUUGCUCUUGAGGAUCUUUUGCGGAACCAGGGAGGGAUGCCGGACAUCGAAGAA